AUGCUAGCUAACUUUCGUUUGUUUGUUUGCAAAUUAAUCGAGCAGAGCCCCGACGGGGACAUCAUAGACUGCGUGCACAUCUCGCACCAGCCGGCCUUCGACCACCCGUUCCUCAAGAACCACACCAUCCAGAUGAGGCCGAGCUAUCACCCGGAGGGCCUGUACGACGAGUCCAAGGCCAAUGUGGCGUCCUCCGGCGACGGCGAGAGGCCGAUGGUUCAGCUCUGGCACCGGAACGGCAGGUGCGCACCGGGCACCGUCCCGGUUCGGAGGACCAAGAAGGACGACUUGAUGCGCGCGACCUCGAUGCGGCGCUACGGCAGGAAGCACAAGCCCACGGUGGCGAACCCGAUGUCGGUCGAUCUCGCCAUGCUCAACGAGGGCGGCCAUCAACACGCGAUAUCGUACGUUCAGGGCGAGAAGUACUACGGCGCCAAGGCGACGAUCAACGUGUGGGAGCCCAAGAUCGAGCAGCCCAACGAGUUCAGCCUCUCCCAGCUGUGGAUCUUGGGGGGCUCCUUCGGCGAGGACCUCAACAGCAUCGAGGCUGGCUGGCAGGUUAGCCCGGACCUCUAUGGGGACAACAACACAAGACUGUUCACCUACUGGACUAGUGAUGCGUACCAGGCAACCGGGUGCUACAACAUGCUGUGCUCAGGGUUCGUCCAGAUCAACAACGAGGUGGCCAUGGGGGCCAGCAUCUUCCCCCUCUCGGGCUACUCCGGCUCGCAGUAUGACAUCAGUAUACUCAUCUGGAAGGAUCCGAAGGAGGGUCACUGGUGGAUGCAGUUUGGCAAGGAGUACGUGCUGGGUUACUGGCCGUCGUUCCUGUUCUCGUACCUGGCGGACAGCGCGUCGAUGAUCGAGUGGGGCGGGGAGGUGGUGAACUCGCAGGCGGAGGGGGUGCACACGUCGACGCAGAUGGGCAGCGGGCACUUCCCGGAGGAAGGGUUCGGCAAGGCGAGCUACUUCAAGAACAUCCAGGUGGUGGACAGCACCAACAACCUCAAGGCGCCGCAUGGAAUGGGCACCUUCACGGAGCAGUCCAACUGCUACGACGUGCAGAACGGCAACAACGCCGACUGGGGCUCCUACUUCUACUACGGCGGCCCCGGCCGGAGCGCCAACUGCCAGUGA